GUACACCCCUGUGGCUCCGACAGUGCUCGGGUUCGAAAACAAGCAGGAAACUGAACGGGCAUGGCGCAUCUUUCAGGAAACGAAAGUAUUACGCUGCCUACUGAGCUUGUGUAACAGAGCUAUCCGUAUCAUUUUCCACAAGCAACAAGAAAAAGGAUGUCAGAGAUGAGCUCGAUUCAGGACAGUUUACAACCAAAACUGGAUCAGCUGGAGUGUCACUUUACAUGGGACAUUAAAAAAGAUGAUCUAGUCUUAACAGAUAUCCUUAAGAGGCUUGAGGAACAUGUCAAGAUGGGUCUAGGGAGGGAGCAAGGAGUUGCACGAACUCACUGCUCUUUAGGAUAUGUGAAAUUCCUUCUUGAGCACAAAGGAGAGGCCCUUACCCACCUGUUGAAAUCUGAGACACUUAUUAAAGAAAACCUCGGUGACAACUGUGACAAGACUCUAAUUGUCACCUAUGGAAAUUUUGCCUGGAUAAACUACCAUAUGAAGAACUACUCAGAGUGUGAAAGUUACCUGAUGAAGCUUCAGAAGAUAAAGGAAACAUUUCCAACUGAGUUUUCAUCUGUUCCAGAGGUCCUUGGUGAGAAAGGAUGGGCCUAUCUUAAAUUCUCUCGCAAAUAUUAUGACAGAGCCGUAGAAGUUUUCCAGAAGGCUGUGGAAUUAGAUCCAGAAAAUAGCGAGUGGAAUGCUGGUUAUGCCACAGCUCUGUAUCGCAUUGAAACUAGUACUCGCACUGAGUCUUGCACUGUGGAUUCACCUGCGAUCAAACAGCUGAGACAGGCCCUUGACAUCAACCCAGACGAUGAUGCCUUGAGAGUUCUUCUAGGACUUAAACUUUUGUUAUGUUCCAAAAAGUUGAUGAAUGAGUCUGAGAAACUAAUGGAGACAGCUCUGAAUAGCUCUCCAGAAGAUCCACAUGUCAUAAGGUAUGCUGGGAAAUUCUUCAGGAAUCAAGGAUCUGUUGACAGGUCCAUUGACCUGCUGAUGAAAGCACUUGAAAGAUCACCAAACUCAGGUUUCAUACAUCAUCAGUUGGCAAUGUGCUACAAGACCAAGAAAAUAAAUUUACAGAAAGAAAAACGACAAGACAGAGGUAACAGAACUGAGGUAAAAAAUGCACGAAAUCAGUGCAUCUUCUACUUAGAAAAGGCAACUUCUCUGAAAGCUUCCUUUAUCAUUGCCAUGUGUGAGCUUGCACUUCAGUACGGCGAGAAAGGCGAACUGUCCAAGGCAGACAAACUGUUUGGCAGAACAUUUGAGACAGCUAGAGAGAAAAAUGAUAGUGUGCAUGUAGUACAUUAUUACUAUGCUGAGUUCCAGCAGUACAGUAAGAGGUGUGUGGACUUUGCAGUCAAGCACUACAAAAAGUGUCUCACAAUGAAUCCACAUUCUAGUGAGGGGGAAGGAAGUGCAAAGAAACUGAUGAUCAUUGCCAAGAGAUGUAUCAAGGUUAAUCCAGAUGAUUGGAAGGCCAAUGAAAUACUGGGAUUAAUUUAUCAAUUGAAAGGGGAAAAGUAUGGGGACACCAAGAGCUAUGCAGCCACUUCAGACAAUGAAGAGGAUGAUGAAUACCAUAGUAAUCUUAGUGAGUGCCUUAAAGGAUGCACAAUUAAUGGUUAAAAAAACAAUGGGCCUUAAUUGUUCACAGAACAAAUGUCCGUAGACACAUAAAUUUGUUCUUACCCUUGUUCUAAUUAAAUCCUAGUGAAUCCUCAUGAUGAAUCCAAGUGAUUCCAACUGAGGGUGUGCCCGCAGCUAGUAAUUUGAAUAAAACAUGCCCAAACUUUCUGUACAGUCUCACAUCUCUUGUUAUCUUGCUAGCUUGCUCCCUCUUUCAUGCAUGUUCACUUCAGCUUGAGAGAAAGAUCGUUGAGUAAAGCAUUGCAUUUUCAAAACCAGAUAAAGACAUACGGUGAAUUCAGGUAAAGUGCACCAAUUAACCUUGAUUGUACUGUGCUCAAUGGGUAUGCACUGUCAGAGCAUAUAAAUGGACUUGAAUUAAAGGAACAAUGCUUCUUUAAAAGAUAAAAUCAUAUGGCUGAUGCAGUAUUGACAUUAGAUUUUCAUUUCUACAUUUUAAGGCUGUUCUCUAAACGUAAACAAAUAUCGUUGUAAAAAUGUGUUUGUUUUUCUUGAAAGUGUUUAGACAUUGAAUGUGCUAAAUAAAAUGGGCCACCUUUAACCUUAAGUAAUUGAACACAAAUUAAUUAUUAAAGUGACAUUCACUGAUUAUUUUAUAAUUGAUAAUGUAGGCUAUAAUUGUUUUUUUUUAAAAAAAGAGAAAAGAAAAUGGCAAUAAGUGUCCAGUCAGAAAUUUUAAAGUCAUAGAUGAUGACUCCUACUGUAAACUGUUUUAAGAAAAUAUAGAAAAAAAAAACUUUAAAAUAUGGUUAAAUUUAAAGUUCAGUUCCACUUAUUAAUAUUUUUUUGCCUAUUUGUUACAUAUUGUAGAUUUCAUUUUCAUCAAUAUUCUAUUACACUUGUGCAAAUUUAACGUCAACACAACAUGUUCUAUCAGCUACAUUUUAUGCAUUUCACAGAUGCUUUUAUUGAAAGCAACUUGCAUUGCAUUCAAGGUAUUCUCCUGCAUUUCCAUUAGAACAAAACCCAUGACCCUGGCAUUGUUAACACCAUGCAUUUGAGAGACAGGAACACUGUCGUUGUUUCACAACAGCCAAAUAUAUAUAAAUUUUACUCAUAGCCUAUAUGUCUUUGGUUUUGUUGAAUAUAAAUUUAAUGUGUUAAUAAGGUGCUUUUCUAAUUUUUAAAUAAAUGCAGGAUCAUUUUAUGAUAAAUCAGGGAGGGCCCACUUUACCUGAAAAGACCAUUUGUCUGGAGUGCAUGACCUCAAAAUGUUUAUACCUUCCAAAUAACAAACUAUAUGAACUAAAUAAAAAUAUUACAAAUUAAACUUUUUUUUAAAAAAAAACCUCUGGUUAUCUAAAUUAUACAUUCAACAAAACGCUGCCCACCUUACCUGACUUCACCCAAAACUGUUUUUAUAUACAGUAGUCCUAGAAUUAGGUCUAAAUUUGAUCAUAUAUUUAAAAUGUAUUUUUGCACGUUUAUUGAUGAAUAAUGAAUUUUGUGUGAAGCCGUUUGUAUACAGAUUGUACACAGUUAGUAAACGAGACUCAAUGUGACACAAGAGUUAUACCUCUGAAAUUUUUCAUUUAUAGUAUAUUGUGCUUCUGUAAAGCAAAAAAAAAAAACUUAAAAAGUUAAAAUAAACCUUAAAACCUAAAAUACUGUCUUUCAAUAUAUUUAAAAAAAUUAAAAACAUUUGUGUUGCCAAAUUCUAUGCAGUUCUCCAUUAAACUGAAAUUAAAAUAAGGUGAUCUGGGGUCCAGAGAGGAAUUCUUCUUAUAAUGAAAACAACUAUAUAAAAAAAUUAAAACUAAUCCAGCCCUUUGGGCCUUAAACAUGAUUCAUAAUGAUUUUUGUAGUUGUACUUAAUUUUUAGGAGAACUGUAUGUGAGGCCUUCUAAUGUAUAUUUUUAUGUUUCAUUUGAUUGUCAUGUUAGUGCAUAUGUUGUUUAGUAAUGGGUAGUUUAAUGUGCCAUUGUAUACGGAACACAUUGUAGGAAUGUUGGAUGUUUAAGUGCAAUUAUAAUUUGUGUUAGUAUGUGGGCUAUAAUUUUUAUACAUUAAUCCUGUAUUGCCUUUACAAAUAAAAUAAAUAAAUAAAAACAAUCUGGUGGCAAGAAAUGCUUACAGAAAACGUGAUGGAAAUUUUUUGUGUGCUUUUUGGGUUGUGAAACCUGCCUGUAUUGAUUUUACUAAUAAAUAAUGUCACUUAAUGUCAAA